GGCUGCCCCACGUGGAGGAGCCACCCCUAGGUCAGAAAGAUGGGGGAAAUGGAACAGAUGAAGCAGGAGGCUGAGCAGCUGAAGAAGCAGAUUGCGGAUGCCCGGAAAGCCUGUGCAGACACAACACUUGCUCAGAUUGUAUCUGGAAUGGAGGUUGUUGGACGCAUCCAGAUGCGGACCCGAAGGACCCUGCGGGGACACCUGGCCAAGAUCUACGCCUUGCACUGGUCCACAGACUCCAAACUUAUGGUCAGUGCCUCACAAGAUGGGAAACUGAUUGUGUGGGACACAUACACAACUAACAAGGUUCAUGCCAUCCCCUUGCGUUCCUCCUGGGUCAUGACCUGUGCCUAUGCCCCCUCUGGCAAUUUUGUGGCCUGUGGAGGCCUUGACAACAUGUGCUCCAUCUACAGCCUCAAGUCUCGUGAAGGCAACGUCAAAGUGAGCAGGGAGCUCUCAGCCCAUACAGGAUACCUCUCCUGCUGCCGAUUUCUUGAUGACAACAAUAUUGUGACUAGCUCUGGAGAUACCACAUGCGCGCUCUGGGACAUCGAGACGGGGCAGCAGAAGACUGUGUUCAUUGGUCACACUGGAGACUGCAUGAGCUUGGCCGUCUCCCCUGACUUCAAACUCUUCGUGUCUGGGGCUUGUGAUGCUACUGCCAAACUGUGGGACGUGCGGGAGGGCUCCUGCCGUCAGACCUUCUCAGGGCACGAGUCCGACAUCAACGCCAUCUCCUUCUUCCCUAACGGCGAAGCCAUCUGCACCGGCUCCGACGAUGCCACCUGCCGCCUCUUCGACCUGCGGGCAGACCAGGAGCUCAUCAUGUACUCCCAUGAGACCAUCAUCUGCGGAAUCACUUCCAUUGCCCUCUCCCGCAGCGGGCGGCUCUUGUUUGCUGGCUACGACGACUUCAACUGCAACAUCUGGGACUCCCUGAAAGCAGAGCGUGUGGGAAUCCUUUCUGGCCACGACAACAGAGUGAGCUGCCUGGGGGUGACGGCGGAUGGCAUGGCUGUUGCCACUGGCUCCUGGGACAGUUUCCUCAAGAUUUGGAACUGAGGACACCAGCAGAGAGGGGAAGAGCAGCGAAAGCACGGCCCACAGCCUGAGCAAAACAGCAUCAUCAGAUGAGCACAACAGAAACGCCUACCUACCACUCCCACUUGUCUCUAGACACAGGUCACUUGUAGGAGUCUCCCAGAGCAAAAGGGAAAGGAGAUCAGGGAGGAGCAGGGGGAGCUGGGGAGCAAGAGCACAUGCACUGGCCCUUCUCUCCACCUCUAAACAGCAGUUUCCAGCCUUGUGCAGGCUUGAAGACCUGUUCUUUAUGUCUCAGGACUUUGCAGUAAAAUUCAGACACCCUGCACCUUUCUUCAAACACCUCUACCCACACUGAAACCCAUCCUCUUCCUUCAAAAGACCCCUCAUGCAACACCCAUCCCAGACUAAGCUCUCUCCCUGCUUUAACUCUGCCUAACUUCUCUGUGCAGCUGUCCUGCAUCCAUGGAGACAGCCCCAGAGACACACUGGAUUUGAGAUUUCUAUGGCACCACCUCAAACAUAAAGCUGGUGUAAAUUUGGCUCAUUUCCAUGGGGGACCACUUAGGUCGAGUCCUAUCUAUGCAGAAAGAGGGGAAAGGCAGACUUCAGACCUGCCAGAAUAGCAGGUAAUACAUUUAUUCUUCUUAGUUCAAGUCUUAUCUAUGCAUAAAUGGCAGAAAGUUUGCCCUCAAGACCUGCCAGAAUAUCAGGGAAUAUUAUAUUUAUUAUUUAUUGUCUGCUUCUUGCUGUUCCUUCCCUCUUUGCCUCACUCCUGCAUUGUGUGGUGACCCUAUCUAACCAGUAGCCAUCGGCCCAUGUUUUCAAGUCUGUUUAGAUCUUCAUAGCCCAGGCAAAUAAAGAAAGCUCACAG